ACCAGAGAAAAUCCAACCCUGAUGCUUUUGCCCUCGGGAGCUCCUCUGGGGCAGAAACGUUUCUGUUCUUCUGUGGGGUGAAUGCAUCAGAGGGGCUCUUGGGGGCUCAGGCAAUGUGGCUUCCGAGUCACGCUGCCACCCUUCCCACCUCCGCCGAACAUCCGUGGCUGCGUCAGCGGCACGAGGGCUCCGUGCUGGCCAGAGGGCCAGAGCGCUUCCUCUUCUCUCGCUGAAGUGAGGCCAAGCUUGGCCGCCACUCCCCCCCCAGCAAUCCCGUCUCUCCUCCUCCUCUGCCCCCUCUAAUCUCUUUUCCUCCCUCCGCACAACCGAGGUUAGGGGUGAAGUGGCUGCUUCCUCCCCAGCCAGCACGGCUUGGCCCGCGGGUUACAAAGAAGAGGAAAUAACAAGCUUGUUGUCUUCGUGCCCGGGCUGCCGUGGCCGCGGGGUCACUUUCCACAAGGGAGGUGGGGUGUCCUCGGGCGGAGGCCCGCGUUGCCCCUCGGGUUGGCGGCGACCCUGCUGUCCUGGAGGGAAGUGAGCGCUGGGCUGCGCUCCAUGGCCACGUGGAUCGCACCACCAGGCCGCUGGAACAAGGAAGGAGGCCACCCACUGACCUAGACGGACGCACAAGACACGUGUCCGCAUAUCCGAGAACCCCCCAGCAUUGAUGGCUUGAUUCAAUUUAUACCUCUGCCUCUCUGGCUGGGGGUGGUGGUUGGGCUGUCACAGCCCCCGCCAUCACUAUCUCACUGGUCCAAGGCUGUCGCGGGUCUUGCUCCCGUGCGGCUGCAUCGGGUGGCACAGGGUGGAGGAAUUGCGCAACUCUUGAAAUGGGAAGGGGCACCAAUGAGAAGAACCCCGAAUGGACCAGGGCAGUGUGGCCAUCCCAUCCUCUCGGUGCAUUUGGGUGGAAAAUUUGAGCAUUUCCUGGACCUACAAUGGCUGCCUUCCCAACCCGGCUGCUUCCGAACGUGCGGGCCAAAGGUUGAGGUUGUUGAUGAGAUCUUGCCACCUCCAGCGGGUCCCACGGUGGUGGUGGCGGUGCUGUUUGCUGCUGUUCGGGGUUGCACCUGUUUUCCAGUGGGGAGAGCGGCUUGCACGUUCAACCCACUUCUUCUUCUCUUCCCAGCUGAACCCACCAGUGACCCUGAUCCUGCAGGAUGACACUUGCUGGCUGGCCAAGCUUUCUUUGGUUUCUGGAGAAGGGGACGCCAAUUCGGUGAUCUACAAGAAGGAUGACUCCAUUUGGUGUAAAACCACCAAGCCUCUUUCGGAAGGAGAUGCGCUGAAGGCGUUCGUCAUGGCUGAGCCGAUGGGGAUCCCCAACCACGCUGGGAAGACCGAGAGUGGGGAGUCUGCUCCCCCGGUAGCUCUGCCUCCCGAAAUCCAGCUUCUUCCACAGCAAGCUGGGAUGGCAGCCAUCUUGGCCACGGCAGUUGUCAACAAGGACGUGUUUCCCUGCAAAGACUGCGGCAUCUGGUACCGGAGCGAGCGGAACCUGCAGGCCCACCUGAUGUACUACUGUGCCAGCCGCCAAAGCACCGGCUCGCCCGCCAUGGAUGAAAAGCCCAAGGAGGCCUACCCCAAUGAGCGCAUCUGCCCCUUCCCCCAGUGCCAGAAGAGCUGCCCCAGCGCCAGCUCCCUGGAGAUCCACAUGCGCAGCCACAGCGGAGAGAGGCCAUUCGUCUGUCUCAUCUGUCUGUCUGCCUUUACAACAAAAGCCAACUGUGAGCGACAUCUGAAAGUUCACACAGAUACCCUGAAUGGUGUCUGCCACAGCUGUGGCUUCAUCUCCACCACUCGGGACAUCCUCUACAGCCACUUGGUCACGAAUCACAUGAUCUGCCAGCCUGGCUCCAAAGGAGAGCUCUACUCCCCAAGUCCCACCAUCCCUGCUUCCACCACUAAGCCACUGGUCCCGGGCUUGAGUUCUCCAGGCUCGUCCUCUGCACUCAAGUGCAGCUUCUGUGGCUACGUGGCCACCUGCCUGACCAGCCUCCAGCAGCACGGGGCUCUGCACUGCACUGCAGCAGCGGCUCUGCCCAGCUCAGACCCCAAAGCUGCCCCGCAGAGCCAGUCGGAGGCCCCUGCCAAGUCACCUCUACAAGGGGUGAAGGGGUCCCCUGCAGAGGAGGCGGGAAACUGUUCUCCUCCCCAAGAAAAAAGUCCCCCUGCCGCCUGGGCUGAUGGGGCACCCCCCGUGCAAAUCAAGGAAGAGCCCUUAGAUGAGGGGGAAAACCCUCAAGGAGUCCCCCAAGAAGAGACGGCUUCUGAACCGGAGGCUGAGCUCGAUGCCUCCUCCAGGGCGCCCUCGCCGCACAGCCUGCACUCGGUGAAGGUGAAGUCUGAGAUCACCAGCCCCACGCCAGGAUCCAGCCCGGUGCCCGGCGAGCUUGGUGCCAGUGCUCCUGGAGGCACCGUCUUUCUGCCCCAGUACGUGUUUGGCCAUGAAGCCAGCGUGAUGCCACAGGCGUCGGAGAUCUUGGCCAAGAUGUCCGAGCUGGUCCACAGCCGCCUGAAGCAAGGCCACGGGGGGGUGCCACCCGCCCUCUUCCCCGGCACCCCGGUGCCCAAAGGCGCAACCUGCUUUGAGUGUGAGAUCACGUUCAACAACAUCAACAACUAUUACGUCCACAAGCGCCUUUAUUGCUCCAGCCGCCGCCUCACGGAGGAAGGUCCCACCGGCCCACGCAAAGCAAAGCUGGCGCCCGGCGCUGCGCCCAAAGGUCUGAGCACUGCCGGGCCACAUCUGUCGCCCCAGCCCCCCGGAGAGAGCAGAGCAGCACCGGAGGGGGAGCCUGAGGGGGACGCCACCCCUCCUGCCCUAGAGAUCAAGCAAGAGGACAAAGGGGAGGAGGGGGGAGGGGCAAAAGCCAGCCCUUCCCCCGAGACCGACGGAACCGGGCGCACCAGCGAGGGGAGCCCGAGCCCGGGGGCCAGCUCUGUGGAGGAGCCGGAGGACGACCCCAGCCGGACAGUCUGCGAAGCCUGCAACAUCCGCUUCAGCCGCCACGAGACCUACAUGGUGCACAAGCGCUACUACUGCGCCUCCCGCCACGACCCGCCCCUGCGCCGGACCAGCGCGGCCGGCAAGCUGCCCUUCCUCCCGCAGCCCGUCCGCACGCGCAAGCGGCGCAAGCUGUACGAGAUCCAUAGCGCCGGCAGCCCGUUGGGGGGCGCCCCAGAGGGCCCCCGCCCUGAGGCACCUCCCGUGGUCCCCGCUCUCAUUUCCGUGGUCAAGGCCGCCCCGUCUCCCAGCUCGAGCCCAGAUGCCGAGGGCCCCAUCGACCUCAGCAAGAAGCCCCGCCCGCACGGCGGGAGCCGCGUGCUCCCGGCCUCCCUGCUGCCCCUGGCGGACUACCACGAGUGCACGGCCUGCCGGAUAAGCUUCCACAGCCUCGACAGCUACCUGGCCCACAAGAAGUACUACUGUCCGGCCACCCCCUUGCAGCCAAGCACCAUGGAGGAGCUGCAGAAGAUCAAGGGCGCCGUCCCGGCCCCCUUGAAGCCCCGGGACAGCCCCGAGGGCUCGGCCGAGGAGCCUGAAGGGGCGCCCGUCAAGAUGGAGAAGGUAGCGCCUUCCUUGAGCCCGGGGGCUGCACCGGCCAGCUUCCCUGGCGUGGAUCCGCUCCAGCCGCGCUACCUGGAGGGCAAGGCCCAGCACCUCCAAGGCGCAAAGGUGCCCCUGGCCGUGUGCCCUUACUGCCCGAUCAAUGGCACCGUGAAGGGGGACUUGGUAGAGCACUUCCGUAACGCCCAUGGACUGUUUGUGGCCAAAACGGUGGCGGGGGCCACACUGAUCGAGGCCACCCGGACGCUGGCCGACGGCAGCCUGCUUCCCCCGCUGCCGGCCGCCUCCCCGCCACAGCCCACCCCCCGACUGCACAAGGACAGCUUCAACGGGAAAGAGGUGCCCGUCCCCCCCAUGUCCAACGGGAGCCCUCGCCCCACGGCUUCUCCCCAGCCCCUCCUGCCCCUCUCCCCCUCCGUCCCCUUGCCCCUCUCGCCCCUGCCCGAGGCGCUCCCGAGCGUCCCCCCUCCCGGGUACACGGACAAAGGUGCGCAGGCCCCUUCCGGCAAAGGGCUGCCCACCCCUGUCGCCAAUGGCAGCCAUCGGUAUUGCCGCCUUUGCAACAUCAAGUUCAGCAGUUUGUCCACCUUCAUCGCCCACAAGAAGUACUACUGCUCCUCCCACGCAGCCGAGCACAUCAAGUAGCGCGCCAGCCCUGCCCCUUGCGCCCGAGCAGCGUUGGCCUCCUUGGAAGCACAGGCCUCCUGCCGAGGGGGCUGCCCCCAAAGUGCCCUCUGC